AUGCGUCGUGGAAAGAUGUUGAAUGGCACGGACUCGUUAGGUGUUUGCUUCACCGCGCUCUUCGAGCUGCCAACCAUCAGGGCUCUCCUCCCUGGUGCUCCUGACUAUGGCUGUACAUUGGACCUCGUAGGUGUGCUUCCGGCUACAUUGCUUGUCACUCUGUGCGCCGUCGCCGUGGCUGUGGCCAAACUCAGCAAGCGCUGCAAGGACGAAAAGUUGGAAUGA